AUGGGUAAAAGUUUUGCUGACUACCAUCUAACUGCAGACAUUCCAUCACCUGUUCACUGUGAUAAGCUAACAAAGGAGAUUGAAUGUGAGAGAAGUAUUGAAGUUCUAGCAGAGGAUCUAAUAAUGUCUUCGAGGUUAAAUAUUGAACAACGGCACGCCUAUGAUUUAAUUCUGCAGUCAGUUUUCUUUCCCCUUGGCCAAAGGUUUUUUGUUGAUGGCCCUGGGGGAACUGGAGAAGGAAGAGAGCCUGUUGAUAGACAUGGCGAAAUAACUUUUUCUUCUGAGAUGGUCAUUCCUUAUACUGAAAAAGAGGAAUCUUUGAACAGGUUGCUCGAAUCUGUUUUUCCAGAUUUAAUAGCCUAUUUAAAAGAUCCUUAUAGUAUGAUCAAUAGAUGUGUCCUUGCUCCAAAAAAUACCUCAGUUGAUGAAAUAAAUGACAUGCUAAUCAGAAGAUUUCCUAGAAAUCUUCAUGUGUAUGUCAGUUCUGAUAGAACUGUUGAUCCACGCCAUCAAGGAGACUAUGAAGAUUUCUUGAAUUCUCAAAAUCCAAAAAGCCUUCCUCCUCACAAACUGUUGCUCAAAGAAAAUUGUCCAAUCAUGCUUAUGAGAAACCUCAACCCUACUGAAGGAUUAUGCAAUGGUACACGACUCAUUUGCAGAGAGCUAAGACAGAAUACUAUCUGUGCAGAGAUAGCUUUUGGCCAUCAUCAAGGGAAAAGAAUCUUUCUUCCUAAAAUUCCUAUGCAAGUAUCUGAUAAUGACAAGAAUGGCCUGCCAUUUAUAAGGGCACAAUUUCCUUUUCGUGUUUGUUUUGCCUUGACAAUAAACAAAUCCCAAGGCCAAACACUAGAUUAUGUUGGAAUCAACCUCCGUGAGCCAGUUUUUUCUCACGAGCAACUAUAUGUUACUUUAUCUAGAGUUAAAACUUCUACAGCACUUAAAGUCCUUAUCCUGCUUGAACUUUUGAUGGCAUAA